UAUAAAUAACAUAGAGAGUGGUAUCUCUGUCCUACCAGCGUAGGUGACACGUUAGUGAGCAUAAUGAGAAUCAUAACCCGACGGCGAGUCAAGGUUCGGGUGACGGUGCGUAGGGGAGACGGAAGUGUGACGAGUCAUGGCUGGGCUUACCAUAGAAAGCGGGAGGACGAUAGUGCUGAGAGAAAACAAGGUGAGAGGGGUGACGGUGAAGGGGUAACUCCGGUAGAGUCACACGGUGAAUCUGGUGAGUCAGUUCUGACCCCUGAUCCUUAUCAGUACGACGUCGCCUGUGAUGACAAGGACCUCAACGUAGAGUUGGAAGAAGAUGCGGAUUAUGAAGAUGCCAGUGGUCUCAUUUAUAAGGAUUUAGAUAAAGACUCGGAAAGGAUAUAUGAGGAGGUUGGGAAGAAAGGUAUGAGAGUGAGGUUCGAGGGAGAAAAUGGCGUAGAGAAGUCUGAUGAGGAUGAAGUAAAUAGCAGCCUUUAUUCAAAAGGUGCUAUACCAAAGAGGGACAGCAGUUCCACAUUAGAUGAAGAUGAAGAAAAGAGGGAGGCUAGCGAAGUUAAGGAUGAAAUAAAGAAGGUAGGUGAUCAAGACGAAGAAAGUAACUUGUAUGAGAGCAUUGAAAACGUUAAUAUGUUGGCUAAGCCUCAGAUCCCCAAGGAUGAUGACAGAGAAUAUGACACUUUCACGAGAGAGAGCGAAACAUGUAUUUACGAUUUUGACGAACCCAGGAAGAUUGAGGUGACUGUAACAUCAAAGCGGGACAGUGACGAUCAUGACCGGGACUCCAAGACUGGAAAUGCUAAACCACAAUCGAAGAAGAGGGGAAAAGUGGAGGUGAAGUUCUCUCCGUGGCAAACAGAAGGAAGUGAUAAAAAAACAAAAACCCCACAAGAACACGAAGAUAACGUAAAGGUAGAACAGAGAACCAAACUUUCAUACUCUAACAGAAGCGGACCAAAACAGGGCAAAGAGAAAAGUGCAGAUUCUCCAUAUAAACUCCAACACAGAUCCAGCAUAGAAGUUAGCACUGAAAACGUGCCGGAAGAUGACGAAAACGACGGUAACGAUGCCACCGUGAAAGGAGAAAAGGUAGAAGGCAAACGAUCGCGUCCUGGCCAUUGGGGUCAAGGUGGUGAUGACUCUGGUGAUGAUGACGGCGAAAAGGACUGUUGUAGUGACGAUGAUAGGGACAGCCAACAGCCGGGUAGACGCAGGGUAAAGAAAAGGACUUUGAUAAGAGUGAGGGGCGCGGGCGUGGACAAGGACGGGGACCUGGACGACGGACAGGCACUGGUCAAGACCUUCUCCAGGACCGUCGUCACUUUCGGAGGAGAGAGUGGUGGCAGCGAGGAGCGAGCCAGGGACACCAGGUCCGACCACCACUCCUCUGACCGAGACAAGUCAGAGAACUCAGAUACAAGAUUCGUCAUCCAUGAAACUUACGAGGCCGAUCGUGAUAUCUUGAGAAGCGACCCAGAAGACGACGACGAAACCUCCGACAGCGGGACCGAGGCAAGUGAAGACUCUCCACAAAGACACACUGACUCAUCCCUCAACUUGUCCAACAUAUCAGGCGACUCUAAUCGUGGUUUGAGUGGAGAAACUGAAGGCUCCAACGAGAGCGACGAAGGCAGCUCCACAGACCAGGGCUCCCAGACAGAUACCUCCACAGAUACUCUCGUAGCAGACGUUAUUCAGUACCAGGCAGAUCUCGUCGACCUCACUGAGGCGGCCUUUGUGGAAUACGACCAGGCGACAGGUGCUCGUAUAGAACAUCCGGGCACACAAGUAACAUACAACGAAUACGGCCACACUUUAUGUGCUUAUCAGGAAUACCCCAAAAAUUGCCUUUCGCGCAGGGUAUUAAACCAAACAUUCUGUGACUUGGAAGGCUACUCGACCUUACAUGAGACGUUUUGCGAAAAAGACGAGAUCACAGGUGCGCUUAUAGAACAUCCGAACGACAGCAGUGACGAAGAAAUCCAACCCCACUUUUAUGAAGAUUCAAGUUCCUUCACAGAGAACGGCGAUUCAUUUUUCUUAAAUUUCGAAGAAGAGUUAGAGCAAGCAGAAAGACAAUAUCCCAAUUUACAAGUUGAGCAUUUGUUGAUAAACCAGGAGAAAGAAGAGGAGGACGAACCGAAAGUAGAAGAGAUUCAUUGGUGGGGGAGUGAGACAGCAAAGGAGGUAAGUCGGUACUCGACGAUUACUGAGGAGGGCGAGGAAGAAGAGAUAGUUGUGGUGGUACCGCGGGGCAAGCUGGAGACCACGGCAAUGGGACAGUACUACUCCAGCGCCUCAGGAGGUGGACCCUCCGGAGGCGAAGUUUCGGGAUCUUUAGCGUCAUCGCUUCGGUCUUCUGAGGAGUGGAGGAUAUCGCUGGCCUCUACCGUCACGGUAGCAUCCACAGCCACAGCAGACUCCGAUGAUACACUGGCCAAGGACAUGUCAGAACUCUCGUCUGUCAACUCGCGACUCUCGUCCUUAGAUGAGGCACAGGACGAGGUGAAAGGUCAUCCUAUAGUAGAUUCAAAUGUUAAAGGUAUGAUACAGACUGACCACAGACGCCAGACAAGCAUCAGAGAUGCUAUUGAUGAACUUGAGAGUAUCGAACAAGCAGCACAAACGCUGCUGCAGAAUCAGCAGUUCUCCACUGACGAUGGCAGAGGCGCACCUGUCUCUGAUACUCAUACUAUCAACUCCUCUGGUGUGUCUUUUACCGAGGUUAAUCUUAGUGCAAAGCUGAGUCCUCUAUCAAAAAGAAAACUUCCGCAAAGCCCACUGCUACUUCAAGACGCAGACAACCAUGAAACGCUUCCAGAAAAAUCAGAAAAGACACCGCAAUUGGGCACAUCCGCUAAUAACAAGACAGAGACGGUGUCCCCCGGUGAACGAGUAUACCAGGAAAUUCCCUCCACGAAGGCUGACAAGGACGGUCUCAAUCAAAAGACAGAAAACUUAUGUUACCAAGAAAACGUAGUCAUUAAUGGAGACAGCAAAACAACAACGAGGAACGUGGAACAAGUGCUUGAAGUUAAAGCAGAGGUCAAGCCUCCAUUGCCUCCUACAACAGGAAGCCAGCUGUCAAAAUUUGAAGUCAAACGUCGGUUCUUGUCCAGAUCUAAGGAAUUGAAACCUUACAUAUCACGUGAAUCCUACAAUGAUGAACUUGUUUUGAAGGAUCUCGAGAGGUUACGUCGAAGUUAUCAAGAGGGAGAUUUAAACGACUUCCUGGACGCCUUGGAAAACACACCCAUUUCCGAUGAUAUUGAAGAGGCUUUUCUACGACAGCUGCUAGUGGAUAUCAGCGAGAACGUCGAAGGCUUACCACAGGAAUCCGAGGAUUCGUCUGAGCCCAAAGAAGAGACCGAAAUAGUACAGCAGAAAUCUUCUGCUCAGCCUGAAAACGAGGUACCCACAGAACCUAGUCACGGUUCAUCAUCCGCAAGCACACUUGAAAAUGUCAAAGAGAGAAUUCGGGAAAUUAUUACAAUUCGCAAGGCAGGAAGAGUAAUAGGUACCGGAAACUGUGAAGAACCCAGUAUACAGAAAGAUGAUUCCAAAGCAUCAACCUAUCCAUCUAAAGAGGAUUUGUGUCCUUCAGAAACACUGCAGACCAGCAGGCCGAUAACACCUCAGUCGCUGAGGCCAGACACGCCAAACUCUAAGUCAAGUAGACCACAGACCCCAGAUUCCAGUACGAAGGGAGACGACGGUAAGAAAAGUUUCAACAUCGCCGAGUUCCUGAAGAAGGGUUCACCGAAAUACCUUCGAGAAAAGUACAAGGAGCGAAAGAAUCGUAAAUCAGAUGUAAUAACCACAUCAGAGAGCGAGAGUGAGGACCCUGACGGAGGGAAAAAGGAUAUUGACCAGGGCAACUCUGCCUCUCAGAAGAACGGUUCUUUGACAGAAUAUCAGUCAAGCCUAAAAGGAAGCAACAGAUCUCUUAAUUCGUCGCAGGAAUUGAAAAAAGAAGUCCGCUUUGAAUUUGAUACAGAUGGACAGAGGAGGGAGGUGGAAAACUCAAAUUGUAAAGACUCAACAACUGAUUCCAAGAUUUCAGAGGCAGUCGAGUUGAAAAUUCAGCACACGUGUAUCGGUCCUCAGGUGAUCACAUACGAAGCACAGCAACAGGAAACAGUAGUUCUGAAAGAGACAACUGAGGAAUUGGAGAGUGAGGCGGGCUUCACGCUGCCGUCCACAGUGGAAGACAUAAACAACUUAGCACAGACUUUACUUCCCAGGCUUCCAGAGAGAGUUAAACCUUCAAGGAAGAAGAAAAAGCUUAUACCUGCUUCUGUGGAGGAGCUCAGCACUGGAGACAUCUUUAACUCAACGUCAACUCUCGCUUCCAACGGGUUGCAAAAAGCAGACACAGAGUCUCUGAUAAUAAACACAACAGUUAAAGAAGAGUCACCACCACCUCUUCCUCACUACGAAGAACUCUUAGAAUUGCCCAAAACUUCAACCAGAUGUGUCGCGGUAGUUGAAAGGGACCGCUCCGAGAGUCACUCAUCGGUGGCAAGAGAAGAAUCAGAGGAUAGUAGAGUAACCAACAAAAAUACCGUUCAUACGGAAUCUCCGCAACGUUCUUCAUCUAUUGCGAUGACACAACUUCCUGAUUGCACUAUGACAUCGUCCCCUUCUGUAACCACUGUUACCCCCGAUCAUAUUACUACUACUACUACUCUAACAUCUUCAGCUAUUAAUGCAGCAUCGGAAUCAGUAGCAGCGGAUAGCACACAAUCUUUUUUGGGAGCAGUGCCCUCUGCUCCUACUCUUUCAACCCCUAUAAAAACAAGUAUCGUUACCUCAGCUACUGAUGUACAGGUCCUUGUGUCACCAUUAACUGUGACCCCCGUAGCUUCCAUAUCUGUCGCACCGACGCCAGAGAAUGCAACGCUGCUAGUUUAUCCGGCGAGGACUUUGCCUCUUCCCGUGAUCCCCGAGUCCCUACAGGAAGACCAAGUAUCUCUCCCCACUCCCAGCGAGCCGACGGUCUCCUUCAGCAGUCAUGGAGGUUCUGCACCAGUUACUCCACAAGAUGAAGAGGAAAACGUCCCUUCUUUGUACGACAAUGUCAACCCAUUCAAGGAGAUGCGGGAAAUGGAAAGUAAACCGCUUCAGGAUGUUGCUCCGGAGCCACUCCCUGUGACCAAGAUUACAGUGGAAAUUGAAACAGAGACGACGGAAAUAGAAACCAUUACUCUGUCCCAGCAACUGAAGGAUGAAAAUCUUUCUCACCAUUUCAGUCUUCCUCAGGAAGCUUGCAAGAGCCCUGAUUCAGAGAAGAGUUUAGUGGUAGAUAUUGAUGCGUUGACAGCACUGACCGCUGAGAUGUUUAGCUUUGCCCACGACAUGGAUAAAUGCUUGCCACACAAGGAAAACGACCAGCUCGAUCAUUCGAAAGCUUCCGCUCCUGAAGUCAGUAUGGUGACAGAUACGUUGAAAUCGGACAAUAAAUCGGAAUAUUUAACGGACAGAGGCAGUGGUGGUUCUGUCACAGCAUGUGUAGCUGAAGUGUCAGAAGCUGCGGUCUCCACCACAUACUUGACCAAGCAACAAGAGGACAUAAAAAAGAAGAAAGAGACAAAAGAAACAGUGACCCAAACUGAGCUAGAUGACACCUCUGAGGCCAUAUCUGUGAAGGAGAGGGCUAAAAGCAACACCAUCGCCAUACAGACUGACGCGACCAGGUACGUUCGUACGUACGAGGCCUCCUCUCAGACCGACACAGAGUAUGAAACAGACUUUGAGACUGAAUCCGAAAUGGAAGAAAACUCGAGCAGCAGGUACGACGUGAGUAAGUGGUUAUUCCAACCAGCAAGGGAGAAGAAGCUGCCACUGUCAACACCGAAGGAUCCUCAGUUACAGGAGCUUCACAAGCAGCAGCAAGCGAUGAUAAUGGAACUGCAACAGCAGUGCCUGAUGCAAGAGAGGAGACAGAGGGAAAAACCGGAAGUGCCGCCACGGCAGUUCCAGGAGAAGAUGCCUCUGAAGGUUGUCGACGAGUUGAAGACGGUGCUGUCUGAGGUGGAGGAGGUGGGAGCAAAGCUGAAGAAGGCCGAUCCUUCCCCACACUGGGACUCGGACCUCAAAUGGAAUAACGGAGUCUGGUCUCCUGGGAGAGGUGACGACGCCAGCACAGCCUCGGGACCAUCAAGGAUUGAACUUCCUGAUCUUCCUUCCUUCAAGGAUCAGCCCACUGUGUGGAGCCCCGUCAGAGGACAUAGCAACUCGGCCACGUACCAUAGCAGCGCUGGGGACGUCAGACAGGAGCACCCAGCCGCACGCUGCAACUCUGGGAGCGCGAGUCCGAGCCUCGGGCGGAAGGAGUACCGGAAGGUCACUUACGACGGCACGAGCACCCUCCAGAGACGACCCUCUCAGGAGAACGUGUCAGUGCCGAAGCCUGAAGAAAGUUUCGCGUGGAAGGACAUCAACGUGGAGAAAGUGGCUCGAUCCCCUACCUCCUCGCUGCCAAAGGUGCAGAACCCCACCGUCACACUCCUCCAGAAGAAACGAGAUGAUCCGCAUUCGACCUCAGAGGGUCAGAUCCCUGGAAAGCGACCAGAAUACCUAAAACCUGAUGACAUUGGCCCUAAGUACAAACCUGACGACAAGUUGUACGUCAUCAAGAGAGAGUACGAAUCAGAAGACGAGGAGGGAGGUCGUCGCUUUGCUGUCUUGGGGCCCAAGAAAGUGCAGGGUGUGGGCCCCACCACCACCGAGGGCGUCCCCACCACCCUAAAGUCGGGUGUAAAAUCAGAGCAUCAGGGAGAGUGGUACAGGAGAAUGUUUGAUUCACUACACAAAGUCAAAGAUGACGACCACAUCAUCAUCAAAUACAAAGUCCCCAGAGCGCGGUAUGGCGGGUACCUCUCAGAACCUGAGGGCUACGACUCCGAUAUUGGUUCCUCGCGCUACGCUACCCUUGAUCGUCGCCGUCAGCAUCACUUCGAGGUGGAUCCCAUGACUUCCAGCCUGCCCAGAGACUACAACGUCGAUCUGGACCCUUUCAGCAGAAACACUAAUCGCUACGUUCAUCAGCCUGGCCGCAUCGAGGACUAUAUUCCCGGCUACUCUUCGCUCUCUGAGAAGGAACUUAAGAAGAACCCGGAGGCUGACGUAAAACUAGAGUCACAGUCCCAGGAGCCGCCGCCCGUCUCCGUCAACCAUAGAUACGGGUCACAGAAGAUGUCCAUGACCCAUGCUCUGAAAGAAUCCGGAUACGAAAGCGACAGCACCUUAGUGUUUAGGAAACGUGAGGACGCUCGCCGUCAGGCACCCGACCCCAGGAAGACCAGCCAAGUGUACCGCCAGAUCCAGCGAGGCGGCGACAUACCCUUCACAGGCCUUCAAAAAACCAACCCUCCCAAGCCCAGAGACGAUUACUACGUGGUAUACUCAGAUCUUGACCUGGGUCUGCACCACCCAUCUCUCUCGGACCUGACUCCUUCCUGUGGCGUGACCAGAACCAUGUCGCCGCCGCCAAAGCCCCCAAUGCCCACCUUCGGGGAAAGAAAGAGGACAGCCCCGUCAAAGGUAGUAUUGGCACCAUCGCCUCCUCGUCGAAUUUCUUCGAAGUGGCAUCCAUCUCUUAUAAAAAGUAACAAAGACCAGCCACCAGUCCCAUCAGCACGUUCUGCAUCUGCAGAGAGAGUGCGUGAGACUCGUGCCCUCUAUUCUUCAUGGCACCGCGAGAAAGUAGCACGCUCUAGGGAGAAGAUCGGCACCUCUCCUGCAAGGAACAGCUCCUUGGGACGCUCACUUUCAGCUGCAAAACAGACUCAGGAAGCCAGGGAGAAUUUUCUCAAGGGACGCCGCACUGUUUCAGAGUCACGGUUCACCAUUGAGGACCGAGAGAACUCUCCCCCUCGACGCUCUGCAUCAUCUCCCAAAUCUGCUUCCCCCACUAGACAGUCUGAGAUACGUGAGAAAUUGCAAUACAGAUCCUCCCAAAGAGAUAGACUUGGUGACAAAAGCUGGGCGAGCAAACAUGAUGUUCAGGACCACACACCUGUUCAAACUCGAGGCCACAACAGGUCACUUAGCGCUGAUUCGACGAGGAAAUGGUCAAACACUUCGACAGAAAGUGGUCGCUGCAGUGUUAUGCGCCACACAGUCAGUAGCAUGAACAAAAUCAAGCGACCAUCACUCCAUCAUAACCAGACAGAUAACAUUUGUCCUGAGCUUCGUAGCAGUAGUGCUGAGAGCAACUGCAGAAGGAUGCGAAGUGGCUAUAUCUCUCCUGAACCACAGAUAUCCAGUCGAAAAUCGCCCGUUGGCCGGAAAGAUAGCCGCUAUAGGGGAUCGCCAUACUCUGAUGUCUCUAUUGAAGUUUCCGAUGAUAAAAAAUUGAAACAGAGUGAGAGUUUCGAUACAACGCAGAGUAAUGAGACUGGCUACUCCAGCAUGCUUGAUCUUUCUACCUCCCCAACACCAGAGAAGAAGGCUCACGAAGAUCGUGAGCGUCGAACAAGAAAGAAGUCAGAGCCACAGCAGCGACCUCACUCCGUCCCGGUUCGUCGUACCCGUAUCUCGACCUCUUUCCACGAGCAACGGAGCAAGUGGGAGGCUUUGACCCGAGGAGAGAUUGUAAGUGGCCGCCAGUCACGCAGUCCUUCACGAUGUACUUCGCCUCUGCGUUCCUUGCAGUUGGUCCGACAGGUGAGUAGCAGUUUCAAGGACAUUCCAGUGGAGGUUUGGUCCGCCGGGACACGACGCAGCAAGAGUCUUGAUGUGCUCACACCUUCGCCUCACUCUCAUCCUAAUCGUUACCGUCAGUACAUUUUAGAGCUGAGAAAUGCUGCACCCCGUAAUGCUCGAAUCUCUCAACUUCGGCGUCUGUUUACAUCUCUUGAUAGAGUCCAUCGCCUUGAGCGAUCUGUGAGCAGUGUAGAGCUCUCAGCUGCCCAGAAUCGUGCUUAUGAAAUUAUAGACUUUGAAACAUGGAAGGGUAUGAGGGAGAAAGAGCGAAAGGCCCUUGAAUAUAGUGUUUUGCUCAAGGAGCUUAAUGUUGCACAAAAAGAACGCGAGUUCUUGUACAAAGUGACACCAGACACGAAAUGGUCUGGGGACUGCAGGUUACGAGGACGCGACAUUAGUGUUCCGGAGCUCUGCGAGAAAUUUGAUACUACUUCUGACAAUACCUCAGAAAUUACGCAGAAGCGACGGCGUGAACUGGAGAACAACAAAGACACAUAUCGUGGACUGUGGCGAGGAUCUUCGGUGCGUGAUCUCUCGCAAAUGUACCAGAGUUCUGAGCGUCAUCGUAGCAGUAGGCGUGGCUCUAGUCUGAGUCUUUCACGAGAAGAUUCCAGUAUGAGAGCCCGUGGCUUGUGGACAAGUCUCAGCCUAGAGCAAGUAAACGCCUUUCGUGACCAUCUUACCGAGAUCUAUGGAUCAAUGCAGAGUAUUCGCUCAUGGCGAGAAAGGAAACAAAUGAGCAGUGACCGAGCACAAAACAGGAGCCAUAGAGAGUUAUCCAAAUACAGUGUGGAUGUGGCAGAGACAGGUCGUGCCAUUGCUGACAAACUGCGCACUCUCCAUGUUCGUCCUCCAUCAGAGUCAUCACAGAAGUACCCAGUAAGGCUUGCAUCGCCUCCUAGGACCAAGAAAGCUAGUAGUCUCAACCAAGUUGAAGAUGAGCGACGCCAGUUAUCCAAACAGUUGUCCAUAGAGCUUCAUGAGAAGGUGCUGGAGCAGAGGUCAGGCCGUAGCCUUGAGACACCCUCAGGAGCGAUGAGCAGCUUGCAAGUUCCUGAUGUUCCACUCUCCAUUAGUCCUGAAAGUCUGUCAAGGUCUUCUCCACGCACCUGCUACUCGCUCGACAUUUCUGACUCUUCUGAGCCAAAUUCUUUGAAUUCAGGUGACCAGUUUCUCCUAGUGGUACAAAAGCCUGGUCGAUCUGGUCGGAGCCAAAGUCUUCCACCAGAGCCAGUCAGUGACCCUGAGACUAGUGAUUCUGAGGUAUCAGUCCGAACGGUCGUCCACAAGGACGUUGCAGGAAAGGUGAAAUUCUUUGAGAAGCGAGCGCGUCGCAAUUCGAGGUCAUCAGAGCGCCAGUCUUCACGUGGUAGUCGUCUGAAUAUCGAUGAAGUUCCUCACUAUGCUACUUUACCAUCUCGCCUGAAGCAGCAGUCUCAGAGUAAACUGUUAUCGCCCAACUAUCUGCCGGAAAGAUCUGUGUCGUCAGUGAAUUUAACUAGUAAGGCCGACGUUGCAUCUCAGGCAUGGCAAAUCUAUGACAAGACUAAUCCUCUGAGUGGCUCGUCAGUGCAACCUCUUGCCGAUACAUUUCGUGAAAAAACAGAAGGGGAUCCCACCUCACGCUCCCGUUCCUAUCUCUACCAUGUUAAGACUGGAGACGUAAGCCGUCUGAGGAGCCGCUACGAGAGCCCUGAAGAUGCCCGGCGGCGCGCCAAGUCCCUGCCUGAUGUGAAUGGUCCUCUGUCGCGCGUGACCCCGACAGGAAAGACAGUUAUUCGAGGCCAGGAGGCAGGAGAUGUGCAAUAUAUAAGAGCUAAAUAUGAGGCACCAAGACGGUCUCGCAGCCCCGAGCACUGGCAACCUACCCGAGAUGAAUAUUUGCCUAAAUCAAAGUUAACGUCAACUCUUCAGUCGCUAGCUGCUCGGUCACCUGCAUUCAGCGAGCCCAACACUAUUGAAAGGCUAGCUAGACGGGACUCAGUAGAGAAAGCUGUACUGCGACGGGUGUACACUGGAAAUGUCGAGGCCUCAGUUGAUCGAUUAGAAAAUAAACGAUUUGACUCAGGAUCAAGAGUGUCUAUCAUUGGACAGAUGUAUACUUCAGCUCCUUCGGUCAAUGAGCUAGCAACAAUGGCACCUCUGGUUCCCCCUCGGCCGCCACCACCACUGCUUGGUCCUCAGAAGCCUCAACGUCUUGGUCGCACUAACCCACAGCCUCUCUUGACCUCCACACCCACGCCCUCACCCGGGGAUGCCCGCGCCGCACACAAGCAACGAGCUUUGCAAGUGCCUGAGCCAGUGUGUCCACCACCCAUCGCUGUCCACCCACCUCCUGGGAUGUCUAACACAUUUUCACAUCUCUCUACCCACUAUAACGCUGACGCCCACCGUCCCAAGUCACGCUACAUCCCACCUGAGUCCUACGGAACAUCCAUGCCCAAGUCUUACGGACAAGCCGGCCCUACGUGGACUCAGUCUCUGGAGCGCCCCCACCGUGUGACUCGUGCCAUGUCACACACUAGUCCGCCACCAUCCUCCCAUCAGGGCGCCCACUGCUACACCCUCCGUCACCACCAUUCCCGCCCCCAGCAACCACCACCACCACCGCUUCCCAAAAGCUCUUCAGUCGAUCAUCACACAUACUCUCAGCCAUAUUCCUACACUCAACCUUGCUCCCACACCACACGCCCUCAUCACCACCAUUCCUACUAUCACUCCCACAGUCAAGGGCGGGAGCAGAGCUGCAGCAGCAGCAAGGCCGUCUCCUGGAAAGGUGCUACAGUUAUUUAUUUCAUGGGACCCCUUAUGAUUUUUUUUUUACCCUGUAUCCCUUCGUCUACUAUCCCUUAUCUUGCCCCUUUGUUACCCCUUACCGUGUCGUCGUCUCGGCCAGAGCCGGUGGUGGGCCCCCUUCCGUUCCACUCUCUGUAUGGGGGUCAACACCAAGCACCUCCCGCACGCCCAGAAUCUCCGUACAAGUAUGAGUCUGGGAAGUGAACAUUUAACAGGACUCCGAGGAUCGAAAAGAAAGAGGCCCUCCCUGAAGAGGAGUUUUUCGCCCGGGAGGGGAAAAACACAUGAAGAAGGUCUACGAAAAAAAGGAGACGCAAAAAUACCGGCAAAUUGGAGGCAUUUUAGCGUCGAAGACAGGAUAAUUUCACACCAUUGCAGAAGUCUCCAAUUCCUCUGAAUCGUUACGAUGAUGAGAGUAGUCUGGGCACUAUGCGUGGUGCUAGGACUCCCGAUCUCAAGCAGGUUGCAAAGUCACUGUACAACUUUACUGCACAGAAUAAAAGGGAGUUGUCAUUCAACAAAGGCGAAGUUAUCUUCAUCCGUCGACAGAUAGAUAAAAACUGGUAUGAGGGAGAGUUGCGAGGAUCAGUUGGUAUCUUCCCCUGCAACUAUGUUGAGAUUGUGCCUUACGAAAGCAUUAAGACAUUGACCAGGAAACCAACAGAAGGUCAAGCAAGAGCCAGAUUUAACUUCCAAGCUCAAACCUCUAUGGAGAUGUCCCUUAGCAAAGGGGAACUGGUUGUUUUAACUCGACGUGUUGACGAAAAUUGGUAUGAAGGUCGGAUAGGUAACCGUAAAGGCAUCUUCCCUGUCUCUUACGUCGACACAUUGGUAGAACCAGGCAGUGAUAGACCUAUGACUCCUAGCUCCUCGCCCAUGCCUCGGCCUGCUCUACCCGCUGCUAAUCUACUCUACAAUGGUGCCUCUUCCUACUCCAGCCCCUACUCCACCUUGGGACGGCCGGGAAGCCAAAACGAUUCUAGACCUUACAAUCAAUCCCUUACAGUCAACACCCAGCAAGAACCAGUUGCGUACCGUGCGCUGUACAAUUAUAAACCCCAGAAUGAUGACGAGUUGGAGCUUCUGGAAUCUGACGUCGUGAUGGUAAUGGAGAAGUGUGAUGACGGCUGGUUCGUUGGCACUUCUCGUAGGACAGGUCUCUUUGGCACCUUCCCCGGAAACUAUGUAGAGAGGGUCUGAAAAUGAUAAAAAUAGCUACAAGCCCAAAGCUUAAUCCUCAAAUCAUGAAUUCCUGUGCUAAGUCUUUUCCUGGGGCCUUUCAUAAAUACUUAGUCCCAGAGCAAAUGUUUUUAUAAUGUUUAUAUGUUUAUGAAAUUGUCUAAGUUUAGAAGACCUAAGGACAUUGCAGAGAAAAUUUUGAGGUACAAUACAUAAAAGCAAUCCUGUAGUGUAGCAAGAGACCAAGAUUUUUAUUGAGAAAAUGAUACUAUCUAUAUAAAUUUUAUCACUGGACUGGGUACCCAGAGUAUCACAACAUGAAUUGAAGGUCCUUAUUACUUGAAUACUGAAGGGCAUACUGAUGUGUAGUGUGUAUGUAUAUACAUGUGCACACUGUAUAUAUGUAUGUCUUACAUAUGGUAUACUGUGUAUCAAAACAAAUGAGUUAAGAUUGCAAAAAUCUAAUUUUGUGCCAAUCUGAUGAUGCCGCUGCUUCUGCACUGAAUGAUGAUAAUUUGAUUUCAUAUGAUUUUUCAUAUACAGUGAUAUAAAUUUUGUUAACUUUUCAGUUAUGUUUUCAUCACAGUACAGUACAUUUAAACUUAAUUGUAAUUUGGAAGAAUGUUUGUAAAGUGCACAUUCUUGUCCAGUAUAUAUAUGUGAAUCGUAAAACGUCCAUGUUUUAUGCACAAGGCACACUGGUGCUGAAGUAAACCAUUUAGCCUGUGCAUUUGUGUAUAUCAGAAGUAGCAUAUAUAUACAUGUGACUCAGUUGUAUGUGAAUGCAAAAAGAUUGUCCUUCAGUAUAGAGGAUUUUCUUUCAAACUGUUUGGUAGUGAACACAUCACAAGAGUCAGUUCAGGAUUUGCACGUGUCUAGUCACACCCAAAGUGAAUUUAAUGAAAAAAAAAAAAAAACUAUGUAGAUGUCUUGUUAACCUCUGCAGGUGCUUUUCUCAAUGUAACAAUCCAUUAUAAUAUACUAAGCUAAAGCUGAUGGAGCAGACAAAAUGUUCUUGUGUUAAGCACAUUGCAAGGCAAGAACUUACUCCUCCAACUUUGCUUAAUAUGUACAAGUUUCAGGGUUUUCUUCCAAAAUGUCUUAAUAUUGCUCCUGCUUUUCUUGCCUUAUAUUCUGUAUUUCUAUAUUUUCUUUUAUUUAUUCACCAGAUUUUAGGCAUGAUGGAUAUGGGAGUGAAUAUAAAAUACUGUAAUGUAUACUGUAUUAUAUUUCAAUGCCCUUCUAUGUUGACAAAUAUAAUUUUUCUUUGACAUAUAUUUGUUCUCAUUUUUUAUCAUAGAUCAUAAAAUAAGGCUAAGUGUAUAAAAAAAAAAUUAUUUGAAAACAGGCUGAAUCCUGUUAUACCCGAGUGGCAGUGAAGGGUUCGUGUUGGUGUCUUAAGAACAGUAACUGUUUAAAGCAAAGCUGCUUCCAACAUACCUUUGUUAAUAUUGUACAAAGAUGCUUUUAUAGCUUAUUUGUUAGUUAUUUUAUAUUUACUGGUUUUAUAUUCAACAGAAUCUACAAAUGCAACUUUUCAGUAGUAUGUUUUGAAUAAUUUCUGUUUUUAUGUCACCUCAAUGUAUCCCAAUGUUCACCUUUCCAAGGGAGACAAGGCAGUGUGGUCAUGGCAAUUGUGGCCAUUCAUGAAAAUGAGGUAUUUAGAUUCUUAAAACCUUGCAUUAAUAAAGGUAUAUAGUGAGGGUUCAACUCUUUGAAAAAAGAGUAAGGAAAGUCUUACUGCGAUGAACUCUGCCUGUGCUUCCAUAUCAAUCUUCCUCUUGGGACUUGUUACAGCCAUUAUUUUAUUACAAAUUUAAGUGCUGUUAGCAUUUAAGAGUUUUAGCUUUGCAAAAGAAAAAUUAUCCUGUAUUUAUCAUACAAAUUUUUAAAGAAAUUGCUAAUGUGUUUGCUUGUGUUUGUUAUAAACUCACAUGUUCAACAGUAAUGUAGCUUUAUACGAUAUGUCACUAAGGGUAAGUUCCUGCAUUACAAAAUGGAUUAUUAGCCUUAUUGAGGUGUAAAUUUAAGGCUUAAUUUUUGGUGAGCAUGUUUCAAUUUUCUAAUAGACUUUAGUUAAACAAGGCACACUACAUUAAAUAUACUGACUGAAUGAAUGACAAAGCUUCGCCUCUACCACCAUUAUACAGAAUAACAUUUCUGAAAUUUUAAAAUCAAGUGCCUUUUUAUGGUAGACAAUGUACUGUUUAGAUCAGAAGAGUUUGCCAGUAGCUGUCUUACCUCACAAUGCAUUAUUUACAUUUUAGCCCUGUGUCCCCCAAACCAAAAUUAGGUUGUCAAAUAUACUUAACUGAAUCUCAGAAUACCAGAAGAGGGGGUUGUGUGGGCUUCUUCACUUCAGUAUAAUACUUUCCUGUUGUUAUGCACAAUUUACUUUAGCUAAUCAUGUAGAAUACAAUAAAGUGGAAGAAUA